AUGGCUACCUGGACCGGUAACUUUAAGACGGACGCCAUGCAUGCUGGCCCGACGUUAAUGAGAAGUCUGCAGUAUAGUCAAGCCCUUAGAAUGCCUCAACCGGGCGACUGUACGGACAGCCAGUAUGGCAUGAACCUACCUCCGCGGACGAUCCUUCACCCUGGACCAUUCAACGACAUGGCCUGGCGAGAACUUGGACUGCUCCAUAUGGAGUCCGAGGAACACACGUCACGCGGGACUGCUAGUGAAAUCCACGAGCAUGCGGACGACGGCGCCGACACGCUUGCGUCUGUUCCUGGCGGCUCCCGACUCAACAGGCGGCGGCUACGACAGGGCCUGGCAAGCGCGGCCGCCACGAGGGUCGCGUGGGGACGGAGACUGAGCGGCCGGUGGAUUAGCCGCCGGCAGGAGGAUAGAGCUGUAUCGAAGCAGUUUCGAUGGAGGUGGGAGUUUAGGAUCGUAUAUGUUGAGCGAUAUCCCCCCCUCGGUUUCGACGUGGUCAACUCCAAGAAGUGUAGACCACAUCGGCUCCUGGUUGCUUUCUCUUACUUUUCCCCUUUCGAUCUCCAUCUCCGCAUCAUAUUUUGGCUGGAUUCUUUCUCGAGUCAGCAAGUUUCCUCCUUCCGCAGCCAGAUAAAAAGCACCUACCACAUCGAGAUUGCCCAUCAUCAAUCAAUAUUACCCCCUCUGUUCCGCACCACCCAAGACCGGUAGCG